GGGAGGACGGGGAGUGUGAAGGUAAGAAGAGAGGCAUGGCUCAGGAAUCCGGCACAAAAAUCUUGUCCGACUUGAUUGGUGAUCAGUUUGCAUAUAUUCGUCUCACCCACCGCGCACAUCCAGAGAAGCCAAGUUCGUCCGCGGCAGGCCAAGCACAAGGCUGAGCAAGUCCCGGCAAGUUUCUCUUCAGGGGAUACACACUCUGCCCACAGGAGAGGUUUAGUUUAUUUUAUUUUUACGGAGCCGCAUUUACAGGUAACAUGUCUCAUGGUACGAGUAGGCCUACUUUACCUGAUGAGGCGGUCUUCUGCGACUUCAGGAGACAGUGCUUAUCCACGGAGAAUUGGUACAACAAGUAUGACAAAAACGGCAUGCAGGUGUGGGUCGAAGUCCCACCUGCGGCACCAGGGAAGCAGAAUUCACCCAAAGUUCACAAAAUCAAGUGUAAAAUGGCCAUAAAAGACGUGUCAGCUGCUACCAUGUUCGACGUCCUCCACGACAGCCAGUACCGUAAGACGUGGGACCCUGCCAUGAUGGAGAGUUUUGACAUCGCCCGGAUCUCUGCUACCGCCGAUGUGGGCUACUAUUCAUGGCUUUGUCCCAAACCGCUGAAGAACAGAGAUGUGGUGACGCUGCGUUCGUGGCAGGUGACGGACGAGGAUUAUGUCAUCAUCAACUACUCAGUCAAACACCCGAAAUAUCCUCCUCUGAAGAACUUUGUGAGAGCUGUUUCCAUACUAACCGGCUAUGUGAUCAAGCCCACGGGACCCAACAGUUGUUCAUUCAUCUACCUCUCACAGGCUGACCCCAAAGGUUCUCUUCCGAAAUGGGUGGUGAACAAGGCCUCUCAAGUUUUUGCCCCCAAGGUGAUGAAAUGUGUACACAAGGCGGGACAGGACUAUCCCGAAUGGAAACAGCAGAACUCUCCAGAUCAGAAACCCUGGUUGUUUCCAGAGCAGAACGUCCUGCCCAUGAUGGACCCCUCCGAACUGUCAAUACAGAGAGCUGACUCGCUAGAAAAUGUGGACGAGAGCUUGGUGGCGGAGGAGCAGGAGAACGAAGAUAGCAGCUGUGUCCCAGCGGUGCUGCGGGACAACGGCUGGCCAAGAGACACUAUGGGAUAUUCUCACACAAACGCCAAAGAGCCUUGAGACCAAAGUCCUGCGGUUCUGGACAUCCAAAUCCUCUGCGUCCAGUCUGUCCUCAAAUUACACUGUAUUUUCUACAGUUUUCCCGUAUCCGUUUGCCUUUUGGGAUGAGCAAGACAAUGAAGUGUUUACAACUGUCUUAGCGGAUGGAAAUGAGCACUGAGCUAGUUGCCAUUCAGAUCAGUCCUAUACAUCUCUCAAGUAUUUGCCCCCUAAACUGUACUUACAAAGUACAGAGGUGUAGGGUUUGAUUGCAGAAUAGCUACAGCACUAAGUCUCCCAUCAGGCUUUUUUGUAGCUGCGUUGUUGUAAAUUACAUGUGAAUAAGGUUUGAAUGAAGGGGAUUGAAGUUAAGCAGAGCUGCCCGCCGCUCGCUAUUUGCCUUUACAGUAGACUGAUAGAAAAUGAAGAGUUACAAUCACCAGUGAAAAGUAUGAAGUGAAAUGUAAUUUUUUUUUUUUUUUGGUCCAUGUACGCUUGACAUCUGUACUUACACUGUUGAUUUACUUGUGAAAACAUAGAAAUUGUUUUAGUUAACCCCUUUUUAAUUUUUGGUGAAUGUAAACAUUGAGGCAAAGUUAUUGGAGCCUUUAUUGGACACACUUGACAUUUUAAUCACUUUGUUUUUUUGUUUUUGUUUUUGUUUUUUUAAUCACACCCAUGCAUUUAGUCAAAUUGUUGAAAUCACCCUUAAUUUAGUUUGUACAGGAGCUAUGGGCCUGGACAGAGAGUCAGUCUGUCUAACAGAAAUACAGUUAUUGCGUUUACAACACACAUAAACAAUUUCACUCCAUUGUCACUGUAUAUUUGCCAGUAUCUAUCCACCCCACUUUUUUAAAACAAGGAAAUCCCUGCAGCUUUAUAUUUAAAUAUUGUAUUUAUUGAAUUGUUGUGCAAUGGAAUUCAUCACACUAAGUUAUACAACACAGGAUUUGUACGUAGUAAGUUGUAAGUCAGUGGGAUUAAUUGGUGAGCUCAGUGAUUUAAAAUCUUAAGGCACAAUCAUUUUUCCCCCCCAAGUUAAAUAUUGUAUUGUACCUGAAGGAUUGGACACUCCUAAGAUUAUUUAUUUAAGUUACUGUCUGCUCAGAUGAAGUUAUGACAGAGCAAAGAGGGACUCUGAAAUUAGACAAGCUCAGCUCUUGAAGUUUGGUUUCUGAAGUUAUUUGACAUUACCAGUGUCACAUUGUCUUGACGUGUCUUUUUUUAAAUAAACCCCACAAGGUUAA